UCAGCUCGAAUCCGUCAGCUGGCCCCUCCACCUAGCCUGUGCGAGAAUCCUGACCGAACGAGCUGCGGAAACGGCACCGCGAGUAGCCCACCGCUGCCGGAAUCAUCGGACUGGAACCAAAAUUAUCUCUCAGAUAAGGGCGUUUUAAGGCUCUAAGAUUCUUAAUUGGAAUUGGAAGCAGCAGGACCAACAACAUCUAUUUAUUUGAGUCUAUUUAUUUAUUAUUUAUUUGGUCGUCCAUUGAUUUUUUUUCGGGCUGUAAUGGCUGGGCUCUCGGGCUGCGGCUGCUAAGCGGCAGGUGCAUUGUCGAGGACAUGUCUGUGUGUGAUGGAUUUCGCCUCGCCACUGAGAUGAUGGAUCUGCCGGAGCCGACCGGAAUUCACCUCAUCCACAAACGAGCCUUCGAUGGGUGAGAAAUCUUAAAUCGGGGCGCGUCUGAGACCUGUGGCCGAGGCUGUGUCGCAGGAGAGCGGGUAGGGGAGGGUGGUAGAGACACUGGAACGAAAAUAAAUAAAAAAUCAAGCAAGCAGUGGGAGAAUACAAACUAUUAGAGCUGUUUAAUACGUAUGGGACCAGGACAUGGAACACAACAGGGCCGCAUUUUAAUGAUGACAUUACGUUAAAGGCGUUUGGCACGGAUUAUUCGCCCUGCAGAGGGGUCGAUUGGAUGAAGUAUACAUCUUGGUUCAUCUCCCGUCUGUUCUUUUGCCUUGGUUUAACCGGGUGAUUUCCUACUAGCAGUUAAGCACCACUCCGUUGAACCGCCACGAUGAUGGAACUACAGUUGGAUGAGGUGGUGUACCAGGAUGACUACGGCUCCGUAUCCGUGAUGUCGGAGCGCGUGUCAGGCCUGGCCAACAGCAUCUACCGGGAGUUUGAACGCCUUAUUCACAGUUAUGACGAGGAGGUGGUAAAGGAGCUUAUGCCUCUGGUAGUGAACGUUCUGGAGAACCUGGAUGCGGUAUUGACAGAGAACCAGGAGCACGAGGUCGAGGUAGAGCUCCUGAAGGAGGAUAACGAGCAGCUCAUCACGCAAUACGAGCGCGAGAAAGCGCUCCGCAAACAGGCAGAAGAGAAAUUUAUAGAGUUUGAGGAUGCUUUGGAGGCAGAUAAGAAGGACCUACAGAGACAGGUGGAGUUCCUUGAACUGCAGGGAAAGCAACUUGAAGUCAAGAGCAAGAACUAUGCCGACCAGAUAUCUCGACUGGAAGAGAGGGAAGGUGAAAUGAAGAAAGAGUAUAAUGCCCUACACCAGCGUCACACAGAGAUGAUCCAGACGUAUGUGGAACACAUCGAGCGUUCCAAAAUGCAGCAGGCUGGAAGCAACCAAUCAGAGAGCACAGGCAGCCGAACUCACCGCCACAACAACUGGAGGAAAAGUAAAGCGGAGCGUCCUCCAUCGCUGAGCCUGUACCCCUGUGGGGAUGGGAUGGUACGUGGGGGUGCCGGGGGGGUGAGGAUGCUGCCUGACUGGCAGGGUGGUGACCUCGGUCGGCACAGCUUCACGUCCGGCUACCAGGACGGAUCAGAGUCAGAUUCCGUAGCUGCGACCCCUAGCAGCGGCGGUAGCAAGUCCAACACGCCCACCUCCUCGGUGCCCUCGGCCUCAGUGACCCCCCUAAACGAGGUGCUGGUGUCAGCCGGAGAGUUGGAUGGCCACCGGGGAAGGGGCAGGAAGAGCGCCAAACGACUCAGCAGGAACAUGGAAGUUCAGGUCUCCCAGGAAACCAGGAACGUCAGCAUUGGUAUGGGCAGCAGUGAUGAGUGGUCUGAGUUCCAGGAGAUCAUUGACUCUACUCCAGAGCUGGACAUGUGUGUGGAUCCACGAGUCUAUGGAGGAGGAAACAGUCCAUCUCAGGGCAUAGUGAACGAGGCCUUUGGCAUCAACACUGACUCCCUCUAUCACGAGAUCAAAGAUGCCAAGUCCGACAUCAUUGGCGACGUGGAUGCAGGCGCCGAGCUGCUUGGGGAGUUCUCAGUGCGAGAUGAUUUCUUCGGGAUGGGGAAGGAGGUGGAGAAUCUGCUGACAGAAAACAAACAGCUACUGGAGACAAAGAAUGCCCUGAACAUUGUGAAGAAUGACCUCAUAGCUAAAGUGGACGAGCUCUCAUCUGAGCAAGAAGUGUUGCGGGAGGAACUGGAGGCAGUCAAACAGUCCAAGAACAAAGUGGACGCCAGGGUCAAAGAGCUGGAGGAGGACCUUAAGAGGCUUAAGGCAGAGGCUCUAGGAGCGUCUCAGGAUUCAAAGGAUGAAGGUGGAGAAGAUUACUCGUCCCCGCUGCAGGACGGCGACGUGGCCAUUGCCCAGCGGCGGCGCUUCACGCGCGUGGAGAUGGCGCGCGUCCUCAUGGAGCGCAACCAGUACAAGGAGCGGCUCAUGGAGCUGCAAGAGGCUGUGCGCUGGACCGAGAUGAUCAGAGCAUCGAGGGAGAACCCUCAGAUCCAGGAGAAGAAGAAAUCUACCAUCUGGCAGUUCUUUGCACGUCUCUUCAGCACCUCCUCCAGUCCUCCUCCUGUGAAGAGACCCUACAGCAGCGUCAACAUCCACUACAAGUCCCCCUCGCCGGCCAGCUUUAACCAGAGGCGCUCCCACACCAUGUGCCAGAUCUCUACGUCCAACCGCACACUUGAGUUCUUCCCCGAAGAACUGCCCAGUAACGGCGUUGCGUCUCUCCUCAGCGACUCGGCGCUGUCGGUGAGGCGGGAGCAGCGGCGGGAGCAGUACCGGCAGGUGCGCGAGCACAUGCGCCGGGACGACGGGCUCAUGCAGGCCUGCGGCUGGAGCGUGCCGCCCCGAUACAAACAGACCGCGCCCCAGGCGGAAGGCACGCAGGACAGCCCCCUGAAGAGGCAGCAGGCCAAUGAGAAGGAGGACAACCGCAUGAAAAACGUGCCAGUGCCUGUCUACUGCCGCCCCCUAGUGGAGAAAGAUCCAAACAGGAAGCUGUGGUGUGCAGCAGGGGUUGAUUUGACUGGCUGGAAGACGGCCAAUCAGGACGCAGUACCUGCAAAGGCUCCAGCCAAUGGCGCUGACCCACUGACAGCAGAGGAGGAGGGAGGCGAGAACAAGAGCGAGCACAGCUCACCGGAGAAGAAAAAGCCUAAGGAGCUGCAUGAGAUGGACUCUAUGAGCAGCCGCGUGUGGAUCCUGACCAGCACUCACUCGGGCAGCAAGGUGGUCAUCAUAGAUGCCAACCAGCCCGGCUCACUGGUCGACCAGUUUAAUGUGUGUAACGCUCAUGUGCUGUGCAUUUCCAGCGUGCCAGCUGCCAGUGAUAGUGAUUACCCAGCAGGUGAGAUCUUCCUGGAGCAGCAGCAGCAACCACAGCAGGGUGAGGGCAGCAAAGAGGAGAGUGGUGGGGUGGAGGGCAUGUUAGCGGGCAUCACUCUGGUGGGCUGUGCCACCAACUGCAGCGUAGUGCGCAGCAACUGCUCCUCACGCACCGACACACCUGUCCUGGACAAAGGACAAGCCCCCACAGCUCCGGUGCUAAGCAGCAGGUUGGCCGUGUCCCAGUCGGCUGAGGAGGCCACCGAGGCCACGGAGGUGCCAGAGGAGGCGGGGCCUAACGAGGAAGGGGAAGAGCCCACUCAGACAGGGCCAUUUACCGAGCACGUCUUUACCGACCCACAUACGCACAGCACAGACAACAACACAAACAGCCAUGAUGGUGGCCAGAAAGAGGAGGUGAACUCAGCUCCUGCAGACUCCCAGGAGGGGGGAGAUGAUCGCGCCGGGACCAGUGUAGCCCCCACUAUGUGGCUUGGAGCCCAGAAUGGCUGGCUCUAUGUGCAUUCCUCUGUGGCCAACUGGAAGAAGUGUCUUCACUCCAUUAAACUCAAAGACUCUGUGCUCAGUCUAGUGCAUGUCAAAGGUCGAGUCUUAGUCGCACUGGCAGAUGGAACUUUGGCCAUUUUCCACAGGGCAGAGGAUGGACAGUGGGAUUUGUCCAACUACCACCUGAUGGACCUGGGCCGGCCCCACCAUUCUAUCCGCUGCAUGGCCGUGGUACACGACAAGGUGUGGUGCGGCUACAAGAACAAAGUCCACGUCAUCCAGCCAAAGAGUAUGCAAAUAGAGAAAUCCUUUGAUGCCCACCCACGCAGGGAGAGUCAGGUGAGACAGCUAGCGUGGAUCGGUGAUGGCGUUUGGGUCUCCAUCCGUUUGGACUCCACGCUGCGCCUGUAUCAUGCCAUCACCCACCAGCACCUACAGGACGUUGACAUCGAGCCUUAUGUCAGCAAAAUGCUCGGCACAGGGAAACUGGGCUUCUCCUUUGUACGCAUCACAGCUCUCCUGAUUGGAGGAAACCGUCUGUGGGUGGGGACGGGGAACGGUGUGAUCAUUUCAAUCCCUCUGACUGAGACGGUAGUCCUUCAUCGAGGACAGCUCCUUGGUCUGAGGGCGAAUAAAGUGUCUCCCACCUCUUCGGGGGGCGUGAUCCAUGUGUAUGCCGAUGACAGCGCAGAGAAGAGUAACGGAAGCUUCAUUCCCUACUGCUCCAUGGCCCAAGCACAACUGUGUUUCCAUGGCCACCGAGAUGCCGUCAAGUUCUUCGUGUCUGUUCCAGGCAAUGUGUUGGCCACCCUUAAUGGCAGUGUGUUAGAUAGCCCUUCAGAGCCUCAGGGGUCCUCAGCUCCCGCAGAGACGGAAGCCCAGAGUGUGCAGAAUGUACUGGUGCUCAGUGGAGGGGAGGGCUACAUCGACUUCCGCAUCGGUGACGGAGAGGACGAUGAGACAGAGGAAGGGGAGGGUGGCGCCCCUCAGAUGAAGCCAGCGUUGUCGAAAGCCGAGAGGAGUCACAUUAUUGUGUGGCAGGUGUCCUACAUCCCAGAGUGACAAGACCCCCACCCUCUAUCCCGCUUCAUCCCACCCUGUAACUACCCAUGAUUUCCUGUAACUACCCUGUACCACGUUAUGAUGGCCCAGUGCCCUGUAACUAUACCCCCCUAUCCUGUAACUACCUCCCCGAUGCCUUGUAUGUACCCCAUUUAUCCUGUAAGUACCCCCUUACUGCAUUGUAACUACCCUCCAAAUCCUGUACCUACUGUAAGCUCUGUAACUACCCUUUGGCUCCUCUAUCUAGUCCUCGGCACAUUUUAACUACACCCUCAUUUACCAAUGCCCUAUACCUUGUAUGUAUUGAUUCUGGUGGGAAACCAGACCCCAAAGCACUGCUAAAUCUCCCUUACUUCUCAGAACCUUUGUAUUCCAAACUACUACAGCUGAAAAAAGCCCUUAUAAAUAGCCAGACACCAGCCAAAUAUGGACGUGGAUAACCUCUGAGGACAGCCCAAGGCCCCCAAGUCCAACAAUCCCUCUCUUCCACACUGACCUCCUCAUCUCAUCCUAUGACUUGAUAUUUCAUUGGAAACCAGCUCACAGCUCACUGAAUCACCCCAGACACAGGCAGCUGAUUGGUUCAGAUUAUUUUUGGACAGGCUCUGAUUGGCUGAUAGGCAAAUAUAUCCUGUUACCUGACUAGUUAGUACAAUGGUACAGUACAGUGUAAGUAACUCUUGCUUGAGGAAUGAGAGAUGGAGAGAGGCAAAUGCAGGGGGGUUUGGCAUAAAGAAACGUAACACUGGGGAUGGACUCCGUGGGACAAAAUGAGACACAUAGUAAGUCAGAGAGAGAGAGCAACAAUUACAGUGACAAAGGCAUAUAGCAAGUGACAAAUCGAGGGGAAUGUGAGGGCAUUAGCUAAGGCUGCAUCUGCAUUAGAGAUCGGACCAAUCAGAGAUAGGACUCUUCUGUCAUCAGUGAGCUGUGAGAGCACUCAUCCAAUGACAACCCCCCCCCCCCCCUUCAAAGAGUGGCAGCUGGAUGCAGGCCUACUGAUGGUUGCCUGUUUUGAAUGACAGCUGUCAGAGAUGGAUUUCCCUGCCUUGAUGCUCUGUAUGUAAACUCAUCAUUACUCUCUGUUCUCUUAUCAUUGUGGUUAAAUAUUAAAUAUUAAACAUAUUCGUGCAAUGACAAAGAU